GCUAUGACAGGCAAACUCUUGGAGAAGCUGCCGGGGACCAUGAGCACUUUGAUGAGCCAGUUGCCUGACAAUCUGUACCCCGAGGAGAUCCCCGGCUCUCUCAGCCUCUUCUCCGGCAACGGCGAGGCGGCGGUGCAGCACUACAAUAGCCAGAUGGCGGCAGACAAUGUGAUGGAUCUCGGCUUGGCCAGCGACAAGCCCAGCCAGGACCUGUCGUCGUACUCGGGCUCCUUCCAGGCGGCCGCCGGGGGCAACAAGACGGUCACCUACCUGGGCAAGUUCGCCUUCGACUCGCCGUCCAACUGGUGCCAGGACAACAUCAUCAGCCUGAUGAGCGCCGGCAUCCUGGGGGUGCCGCCGCCCUCCUCGUCGGGCGGCCUGGCCGGCGGCGCGCAGGCCUCGACGGGCGGCCUGGGGCAGGGGCAGGGGCAGGGCGAGGCGGAGGGCAUGUACCCGGCGCUGCCCCCCUACUCGGCCUGCGGCGACCUGUACGCCGGCGAGCCCUUCCACGACCCGCAGGGCAACGCCGGCCUGCCCUACUCGCCGCAGGACUACCAGGGCGGGGGCGGCAAGCCGGCCGGCGCCCUGGACGGCAGCCUCUUCCCCAUGAUCCCGGACUACAACCUGUACCACCACCCGGCCGAGCUGGGCGGCCUGCCCGAGCACAAGCCCUUCCAGGGCCUGGACCCCAUCCGCGUCAACCCGCCGCCCAUCACCCCGCUGGAGACCAUCAAGGCCUUCAAGGACAAGCAGGGCCACCCGGCCUUCGCCGCCCUGGCGCCCCCCCACCAGCACCCGCCCCCGCUCGCCCUCAAGCCCAUCCGCCCGCGCAAGUACCCCAACCGGCCCAGCAAGACGCCGCUGCACGAGCGGCCGCACGCCUGCCCCGCCGAGGGCUGCGACCGCCGCUUCUCGCGCUCCGACGAGCUCACCCGCCACCUGCGCAUCCACACGGGCCACAAGCCCUUCCAGUGCCGCAUCUGCAUGCGCAGCUUCAGCCGCAGCGACCACCUCACCACCCACAUCCGCACCCACACCGGCGAGAAGCCCUUCGCCUGCGAGUUCUGCGGCCGCAAGUUCGCCCGCUCCGACGAGCGCAAGCGGCACGCCAAGAUCCACCUCAAGCAGAAGGAGAAGAAGGCCGACAAGGCGGGGGCCGCCGCCGCCGGGCCCAACGCCCCCAACGCCCCCCCGACGCCCCUGCCGCUGGCCCCCGCCGUCACCACCUGCGCCUGA